AUGGAGAGGCAGCUCGAGGGCGAGGUGGACCUACCAACAGCUGGCGGAGGCCCAAGAUGCGACCCAGUCGGCGACGACGAGGACGAGAUGAGCAUUUGCGACGACUUCGACGAGGCGGAGGCGGGGUCCAACACGAUCAGCCCGGCGGCACGAGGGGAGGCGCUCGACGACGAGGCGCCAGCCGCAAUGGCGGCAGGAGGCGUGGCGAGCAGCAGUGCCCCAGGAAGCGAGACGGUCCUUGGGCGGCGCGAGAGAGGGGAGGCGUUCGACGACGAGGCGCCGACCGUGAUGGCGGAAGGCGGCGAGGCGAGCAGCGCGAAACAAUGA